AUGGUGCGCAUGAAUGUUCUGGCAGAUGCUCUUAAAAGGAUCAACAAUGCUGAGAAGCGUGGAAAACAUCAAGUUCUCAAAAGACCGUGCUCCAAAGUUAUCGUCCGGUUCUUAAUUGUGAUGAUGAAGCAUGGUUACAUAGGUGAAUUUGAGAUCAUUGAUGAUCACAGAGCUGGGAAGAUUGUUGUUAAUCUCACAGGCAGGCUCAACAAGUGUGGUGUGAUCAGCCCCAGAUUUGAUGUCCAACUGAAGGAUUUGGAAAAGUGGCAGAACAACCUGCUACCUUCACGUCAGUUUGGGUGCAUUGUGCUGACAACUUCAGCUGGCGUCAUGGACUACAAGGAAGCUAGGCGAAAACACGCAGGGGGAAAAAUCCUGGGAUUCUUUUUCUAA